AUGGUCAAAUUCAACGUGGACAUUCCGUGGGAGGAGCUCUCAGCACCAGAGCAAUCCGAGGGUUAUGCAGGUCUUCAACCGCAUUCCGAGGUGUUAGCAAAAGGCACUUCAACGGCACCAGGACGCCUCAUCUUACCAUGUGAUAUUCUCGUCGAACAUGAUGUCGCAAUCCCAGUAAGAGACGGCUGCACCCUUUACGCAGAUAUCUACCGACCACCCGGCGCUCUCGAUAGAGCCACACCAGCAGUUCUAUCCUGGAGUCCUUUCGGCAAAAAGUUUAAUGGAAUUCAAUCCCUCAAGCUGAUGACGCCAUGGAAUCUUGGGAUCCCUGAGAGCGCGCUCAGCGGCUUGGAGAAAUUCGAAGGACCUGAUCCUGCAGAAUUCGUCAAUCGCGGGUACGCCAUCAUCAAUGUGGAUUCUCGUGGCGCAUUUGACUCGGAGGGAGUAAUGGCUAUCAUGGGAACUCAAGAAGCGGAAGACGGCUAUGAUGUGAUCGAAUGGAUUGCCAAACAAGACUGGUGCAAUGGAAAUGUCGGCAUGGCUGGUAACUCCCAUUUGGCAAUUAUCCAGUGGUUCAUCGCGGCCUUGCACCCGCCAUCUCUGAAAGCGAUUGCACCCUGGGAGGGAUGUGGAGAUCUUUAUCGGGAGCAAUUUGCAAGAGGUGGUAUAUAUGGUGGUGACCUCUUCGACAACCUUAUCAUCAAGUACAUGCUUCGAGGGAGACAUGGCAUCGAGAGUUUCCGCAAGAUGUUCGAGCAGCACCCUAGCGCAAAUGAGUGGUGGAAUGAUAAGCGGCCCGACAUGACCAAGAUCAACAUCCCGACGUACAUCACUGGUACUUAUACGAACACUAUGCAUGGAAUGGGAGCGAUCAGGGGUUGGCUGGAAGUGAGCUGCCCUCAGAAAUGGCUUCGCUGGCACCCUUAUCAGGAGUGGUAUGAUAUUUGGGGCAAUCAGGAAGGGCGAGAUGAGCUUCUGUCUUUCUUUGAUCGAUACCUGAAAGACAUCAACAAUGAUUGGGAAUCUACUCCUCGGGUCCGAAUGUCUCUCCUACGAUUCGGGGAGAAAGCGCCGAUCGAGAACGUCGUCGAGUCGGACUUCCCACCAUCACGUACUGAGUAUCGAAAAGCAUAUUUGACGCCCGAUGGUUUGAAUUUUGAUAAACCAUCUGAUCAUGAGACAGCCAUCUCGUACAACUCUGAAGACCCAGAUGCAGGUGUCGCUUUCAAGUACACCUUCCCUGAGCGGACGCAGCUCAUGGGUAUUCCCAAAGCGGUGCUUUACAUGCACUGUGAUGAUCUCGAUGACAUGGAUGUUUUCCUGGUCCUGGAGAAGAUCUCAGCCUCUGGUGAAAAGCUGCUGAACUUUAACAUUCCUUGGAAGAACCUGCCGGUCUCGUCAAUUGCAGAGAUACCAGAGAAGGAACACUCGGAGCUUAUCCUUUACCAGGGUCCUACUGGUAUUCAGCGUGCAUCGAACCGAGAAAUAGAUGCUUCUCGGUCUAUGCAUCCAAACUGGCCUUUCUACACACAUGAGAAAGAAGAAAAGGUUGUUCCUGGCACAGUGGUGCGGUUGGAGAUUGGGAUCUGGGUCAUGGGGGUGGAAUAUGAAGCUGGAGAGUCCCUGCAGCUGAGAAUCAGUGGUCGCUAUCAGGGUUUCUCUAAGUUCGGUGCGAAUCACACUUUGAACAAGGGAUUACACUGGGUGCAUAUGGGAGGGGAUUAUGACAGUCAUGUGGUGCUUCCUUUUGUGUAG